CUCGUGAGAAGUGAGCGGAAUGUAGGCUAUCUGGGGCCUAGGCCUGGUUAGAAUUACUGGCCGGAAUGCCAUGAAGUGCUUAUUGGUUUCCAGGCCUGCUUGAGUACCUAUUCAUAUGUGCUAUUGAGGUGUGCCCUUUUCGGAGGGAACAUGGAUCCUUGGGCAAUAACACCCGCUGAACAGCAGCGCCACGAAAAUCACUUCAAAGCUCUCAAUCCUGUCGGAGGGAUGAUCACUGGGGCUCAGGCAAAAGGGUUCCUUCUGCAGUCUCAGCUUCCUCCUGCAGUCUUAGCUCAGAUUUGGGCUUUGGCAGACGUGAAUGGAGAUGGGAAGAUGGAUAUUAUGGAAUUCAGCAUUGCUUGCAAACUGAUCACCAAUAAACUCAAAGGAAUGGAGCUUCCCAAGUUUCUCCCACCUGGAUUGAAGCUUGGAACUCUUAUGUCACCCCCAGUUGUUUCUCCACCUACCUCCAUCCAGACACCACCAGUAAUGUCUCCCCCAAGUUCAGUGCAUGGUCCACUGCCAAUGGGAAACAUUCCACCAAUUGGUGCAAUUCAACCCAUGCCUAUGGCUCCAACUGCAGUUUCAUCUCCUCCUCUAUUGAUGUCAUCUGCUCCCAAUGUGGGUGUUAUAUCUUCUGCUCCGCUUGUGACCUCGGCAUUUCAGCAGCCAAUUCAUACAUCCUCUGUUCCACAAGGUAUUUUUCAUGAUGCUGGUCUCAUGUCUACAGGAGUGGGAGCUGCAAUUCCAACAUCCCUAAUCUCAGUUGUGAAACCAACAACCUUGUCUCAACUUCCAUUGACAUCAACUCCUCCUGCCUCUGCUGGAGGUCGACGUUCCUCUGAUAUGAUGUCUCCUCCAGAUUGGGCAAUCCCACAACCAUCAAAGUUGAAGUACACCCAGCAGUUCAAUCAGGCUGAUAAAUUGAAAUCUGGAUAUCUCACUGGCCAACAAGCUCGCUCUCUGCUACUCCAGACCAGUGUGCAGCAAACAACACUGGCCAAAAUCUGGUCCCUGGCUGAUGUGGAUGGAGACGGACGAUUAACAUGUGAAGAGUUUGUCCUUGCCAUGCAUUUGACUGAUGUAGUGAAAAGAGGAGAAACACUCCCUGUGAAGCUAUCCCUUGAUCUCAUCCCUCCAUCAUUCAGACGUCCUGGUUCAAAACCAGGGACUCCUGGAAGCCUCCUUAAUGGUAUGGGGCCUCAGGUUCUUCCCCAUCAACCCCCUGUUGAAGAGCAAAUUGCAAAAGCAAUACCUGCCAGCUUUGAAGAUAAGAGGAAGGAGAAUUUUGACAGAGGGAAUGCAGAAUUAGAACGGCGUCGCAAGGCCUUGCAAGAGCAGGAGGAACGGGAGCUGGAAGAGCGCAGGCGUAAGGAACGUGAGGAACAGGAGCGACUGGAGAAGAUCCGAUUGGAGCAGGAAGCAAAGAAGAAAGCAGAGUUAGAGGCUCAGUUGGAGCGGCAGCGGGAGCUUCAGCGGGCUCGAGAAGAAGAACAGCGUCGUCUGCUGGAGCAGAAGGAAGCUGCACGGAAGGAAGCCGAACGGCAGAGGCAACUUGAGUGGGAAAAGCAGCGUCGUACUGAGCUCUUGCAGAUUCGACAAAGGGAACAGGAGAAAGUUCUUCAUUUGAAGUCCCAGAAGCAGACUGUCUCUAUUCAAGUCACUCAGCUUACGGACAAGAUUAAGGAAUUGACAGAAAAAAUGUCUGAAGCACGAAAGGGGGUGGCUCAAGUUAAGGGAACCAUUGAUGGGAUGCGUGUGACUCGAGACACCAAGUUGGCUGAGAUUAGCAACUACAAGACCCAACUGAGGGAACAAAAUCAGCGACUCAUGCAAGUCAUCGCUGAGAAGACCCGUCUGAGUGAAAAGAGCCGCAUCAGUGCCACUAACAGCCCUGCUGGCCAAGAUCUGACAGCCUUAGCUGUGCAGAAAGCACAGAAGGAGGCUGCAAUUCAAAAACUGAAAGAAAAGGCAGAAGAGAUGGAGACUUUGAAGGCAAGUCGAAUGGGGGAGCUCGAAAAGCAGAAUGAGGAGAUGGCUGAAUUGAAGCAGAAGCUCAGUGACACCCAUCACAAUCUCUCUCGUCUGUAUCAGACAUUUAGUGAAAAGCGACGCAAGGUGCUGGAGAUUCGAGAGAACCAGAAAAAUGAACGAAUAAGGGCAGCCAUUUACCCAACUACAGUAUGGGAGGAUCUUCCUUCUGAGACACCUAAAGCAUCUCCUUCAACCACAACUAUCAUUGGCCAACAACUUCCUAUCGUGGGACUGGAGCAGGAAGUGAAGUACCAGGCUAUUUAUGCCUUUGAGGCUCGAAAUCCUGAUGAACUUUCCCUUAACCCUGGUGACAUAGUCCUGUUGGUCCCAUCAAGAGUUCCUGUGGAACCUGGCUGGUUGCAUGGAAAGGUUGAUGGACGGGUUGGAAUCUUCCCUGAGGCUUAUGUUGAACCACUUCAGGCAGAGCCUGAAGCUCUUGAACCUGAACCUGCCCCAGCCUUUGUCAAUGCCAAUGAAGCAGCUGAGGUACCCACUGAUGGAAUCCUCGAUUAUGCUCGGACAUUAUACCCAUAUGAGCCAGUAGAAGCUGGAGACUUGCGCUUUAACGAAGGAGAAGUAGUAUGUGUAACCAAGAAGGAUGGGGAUUGGUGGUCAGGGUAUGUUGGAGAUCCGUCACGCUCAGGCCUAUUUCCUGCCAACUACGUCACAUGUAUUGACCCGCCUACUGAGGUAGAUAGUUGUGAGGCCCCUGAGAACACUCAACCUGCUUUCCCCCCUCCACUUGCUGGAGAAAUAUCUCAGAUUGAUGCAGGGCCUGAGCCAUUUGGGAAAGGAAAAAAGGUGGAGAUAGCACAGGUAAUUGCCCCAUACACUGCCACAACCCCUGAACAGCUGAGUCUCAUUCGGGGACAGCUCAUUCAAGUGAAGAAGAAGUCUAGCUCUGGCUGGUGGGAAGGAGAACUACAGGCAAAGGGACAGAAGAAGAAAUCAGGCUGGUUUCCAGCAUCUUAUGUGAAGGUGAAGUCUGGAAGUGGGAGUGUAUCAUCUUCCACUCGUACUUCUCCUCUUCCGCGGGAAUUGGCUGACUUUGAAACCACUGCAUUCCCCUUCAAUAUCCGUGAGGAAGUUGUGGCACUGUUCCCAUACGAGGCACAGAAUGAUGAUGAGCUCACAUUUGCCAAAGGGGAUCAUAUCAUUGUGACAGAGCAUAUCUCUUCUGAUUGGUGGAAGGGAGAUUUACAUGGGAUCAUAGGGGUCUUCCCAGCCAAUCAUGUUGAGGUUCUCAAGACCCUCCCUGACCUCAACCUUCCUGCUUCCUUGACUGACACACUGACCCGUACCCUGAAUUCCCUGUCUCCUGUGGAGAAGAAACGCCAAGCUGCCAUCCAAGAGCUCAUAUCCACAGAACAGGCAUACGUCAAUGACAUUUCAUUUGUCCUUGAGGUGUUUGCAAAGCCACUGGUAUCCACUGGAGCACUUACACAGGAGGAGUCCAACAUGAUCUUUGUCAACUGGGAGGAUCUUUAUGUCUGCAACAACAAUUUGCUCCGUGCAUUGCGGGUGAGGAAAAAGAUGAGUGAACAUGGGAUUAUUCAUAUGAUUGGAGAUGUCCUAUGUGAAAAUAUUCCCUGCCUAACUCCAUACAUUCGAUUCUGCAGCUGCCAACUGAAGGCAGCUGCCCUCAUCCAAAAGAAGACAGAAUCUGUGCCCCUCUUCCAGGAAACUGUAAAACAAUGCCAGUCAGAUCCACGUGCCAAGGGCAUGCCGCUCAGUUCAUUCCUCCUGAAGCCAAUGCAGCGCAUCACUCGAUAUCCUCUUACUUUCAAGGAGAUCCUCAAUCAUACUCCAUUGGAGCAUGCUGAUCGAGGGAACAUGGAAGAGGCACUCUCCAAAGCUGAGGAACUCUGCAGUCAGGUGAAUGAAGGGGUGCGAGAGACAGAGAAUUCAGAUCGGCUAGAAUGGAUGCAGGGCCACAUAAACUGUGAAUCUCUCUCAGAUCGACUCACAUUCAACUCGCUGACCAAUGCUCUUGGUCCUCGCAAGUUUCUUCACUAUGGACCUCUCUAUAAGAGUAAGAGUGGGAAGGAGCUGAUGGGGUUCCUGUGCAAUGAUUUCCUACUCCUGGUUGCCCCUAAUUCUCCUUUGCCCAAGAAAUCAUUUGUCAUUGAAAGAAAUCCUCCAAUUUUCUUCAGACUCUACAGAGAGCCAAUCAUGUUGAAUGAGUUGUUGCUGAGCAAAGCAGAGGAUUACCCAGAGGAGACACAUUUUGUGGUGAAAGGUCUAGAUCAUGUAAUUUCAUUGCGUGCUCCAUCACCAACAGAAAAGAACUUAUGGAUGCGAAGAUUUCAAGAUGCUAUCAAUUCCUAUGCCCAGACUGAGAAAUCCCUUCUUCAGCGCAAAGCCUCUGAAGUAGCUCCCAAGGGCAGAGUCCUCGUCACAGUCCAAGAGGCUUACAAGCUUGUCCGAGUCGGAAAAUGUGAUGCAUACUGUGAAGUGAGCAUUGGAUCGCAGGUUUCUCGAACUCGUGUUGUCCCAGGUACUAAUCAUCCAAAAUGGAAUGCCUCCAUGCAGUUCAAGGUCAAGGACCUCAAGGAGGAUGUCCUUUGCUUCACUGUUUACCACAAGGCACAUUUCGCUCCCAAUGAAUUUCUCGGUCGAACGGAGAUGCGUCUGAGCGACGUGAUGGAGGAGAGUGGAGCAACACAUGGAGCUGUCAUCAAACGGCUCCUCCUCUUUGAGGUCGAGUCUGGGGAGCUUGUUGUCAAGUUUCACCUUCAACUAUUCAACAGUAUCAUCCAUUGACAUUAUCCUCUGGAAUUGCGACCAAAGCGGCAUGGGCUUUGCUUCUUGCCAACUUCAUUCGUUUUGUGUACCUCCUUCACUUGCUUCCUCAUCUCUGGAGCAUCAUCUUGCCAUUUUUUAGACAAACCCAAUUCCACUUGGCCUGUUAUUUGCUUGCUGCUUUCAUAUAUUAUCAUUCGAUUCUCACAGUGUGUUCUCCAUCGAGUUACUCUUUUAUCAAUAUUUCUUGGCAGAAGAUGUGGUCCAAAAUGUCAAGAGUCUAGUCUCCAUGUCUUUGAAAAUUCAACAUCAUGUUCUAAUCAUAUCUUUUGUUCGUGUAGUGGAAAGAAUAUUGUGAGAAGCCAAGCAUACGACAAUACAUCAUCUUUUGAUAUUUAUUUUGUACCUAAGUUAUGCUAUUCUCAGGUAUUGAUGGAUCCAAAAAUAAAUCAAGGAAGUGUGUCCUUCAUUAGCAA